GAGAACCUUUUUCAUUCCCGCCAUCACAAAACCCCCAAAUUCAAGGUCACUAUCCUCUCUUCUAAGUUCUAACUCAACCCUCCCUCUCCCAAAAUUCUCCAUCUUCCUCCAUUUCUCGAAGCGCUCGAGUUUGUUGUUGAAUGCAGCAACUUCAAUGGCGAAUCCAGACGACGAAUCAAAAUCAGACAGCAUCGAAAUCCUCUCCAUUGGAGCUCUAUACACCGGACCUUGGGACAAGAAGUACUGGAGCUCAUCUAGGAAUAAAUUUCUGUCAGGGGAAAGACCGAUAUCCUUAUCCAGUUGGUUACCAAGCCCUUCGGACCCACAAAGGGCUCGCUUAUAAGAUGGAAAUUCACGAGGGUUCAAAAGGGCCCUUAUUUCAAAUUACCUCUAAUGACAAACAACUUGGUUCUGGAGAAACACCGGACAGGGCAUGGGACAACUUUCAGAAGAAAUGCUUGUCUCGUGUCAAGCUUUGGCAUGGGAAGAGAUCUUCUGGAAAAAUUGAUGGUGUGGAGUUUUUCGGGUUCAAAAAUGCAUUGGUCCAGAGAUUACUUCGGGAGCUGGUAGCCACUGUAAAUGAUGCCUCUGAUCGGAGUUCAGUUUUUACCAACUGUAAAGAAGCUUCUUUGAUAGGUCAUGAUGCAGGGCACCUUAUUACACAAAAAAAGCCUGAUUUAAGGUCCUGUCUUGAGAAACCUACUGUAAAAGGUAAGAGAAGCAGAUCCUCCAGAGGUACAGAUAUAAAGUCAACUUGUAACAGUAUCCAAGGAAGAUGCCAAUCUCCACAAGGUAAUAAUUCCAAGGUUCUAUAUGCUGCUCCUGUGAAGACGGAAUCAAACAUGGAGCUUGGAGAAAAUGUUUCGUUAUCAGCUCAUGUGUUGCCUGUAAAGCCCAAUGGAGUUCCUGGUGAUCCAAUAGAAGAACAUUGUUUGAUCCAAGUGCAGAGUGAGCUUCCUAGUAUGAAAACAUGCGCAGCGGCUUCCUCGCAAGAUAUAGACAUGUGUCCAGAUGGUAAACCUGAGGAGUUCCUUAAUGUUCCACAGCUUGACAGACAAUGUAUUGAACUCCAAGGAGUUUGUUUACCUGUAGCAACUGAAGAAGGAAGUCAGAAGAUUCAAAAUUCACCUGAAUUGUUAGAGUCAAGGUCUCCACUUCUGAGGGAUUCCCAAGCGAAUCAUGUUGGUGAUCUUUUUGCACCUGAUACCUUUGAAACUCAGGAAGAAAUUACCCGUGCUCCAAAUUCUGGCAGCUGCGUGGGAGAACAGGUCACAAUAGCAAAUGAACCAGUUGCUGAUUUGGUCAUUUCCGAGGAGAAAAGAACAAAAUCACAUUCAGAGGAAGGAGAUUAUUACUGGAAUGACAAUUCUGAAAAAAGUGAUUUUGAUUCUGUUGAUGAAGAUAUAACUAAGUCAAUGAUGGCACUUCUACUACCGCUAUCAGUUCCACUUCUUACAUAUACAUCACGAAAAAAGAGGAGAAAAACCAAGUCCGUCAAAGAUUUAUCUUGUGUGCCAAAACAAGAAAGUAAUUUGAAUGGACCCAUCUCAUCCGCUGAUGUCAUAUCCCCGGGCGGAAUUCUUGCUUGUUCUGGUUCGGAUGGACAAAUCGAGGCACAUCUGCCGAGUGUCUCAAUUGAUUCGGAUCUGUCGAUGAUGGAAAAUCUCAGAUAUGUUGUUCCAGACAGUUUAGAUACUGACCAAUAUGUAGAUCAUGUAACCAAAAAUCUACCACCUUCUGAUAAUGCUGACGCAGUUCCAGCCAAUUUACAGGAGGAGAAGCAUGAACCUGAUAAAAAAGGGUCAUCUCCUGCCCCUAAUACAACCAAGUUGUCUCAUCAAAAUGAAACCACUGGAUUCAAAGAAAAUCUUUACUACGUUGUUCCAGAAAGUUCAGAUAAUGACCGAUAUGAAGACUUUGUAGCCAAAGAGCUACCACCUUUUGAUAAUGUUGAAGCAGUUGCAGCCAAUUUGCUAAAGGAGAAGCAUGAACCAGAUAAAAAAAUGUCAUCUCCUGUACUUGAUGCAACCGAGUCGUUCUCUCAUCAAAAUAAGGCCACUGGAUCCAAAGAAAUUCUCAGAUACUUUCUUCCUGACAGUUUAGAUGCUGACCAAUGUGAAGGUCGUGUAGUCAAUGAGCUACCACCUUCUUAUAACGCCGAAGCAGUUGCACCCAAUUUGCAGAUGAAGCAUGAACCUGAUGAAAAAGGGCCUAGGUUUAUCUCUUUACCUGGAAAGCAACAAUGUUCUCCUGCCAAUACACUUCCAAAGAUGGGAAAAUGUGGUGCUCCUCUGUCAGAGAGCAUAAUUUGCAGGGAUAUUCAGGACAACUGUAUUCCUGAAAUACAUAUCAGUCCUGGGAACUUGGUGUCAGCCAAUUCUUGCCAAGAUAGUGCAUUCGGUAAUAGAGACAACAGUAAAGCUUCAUUCAGUGGAGUUGGGCCUGGAGGACCAAUUUCCAAUUUGCAGAAUGAUGAUGUGGAAGAUGCUUUGGCUCAGAACGGUGUACUGCAAGACCAAGCAUCAAGUUUUACCUUCAAUAAGAAUCAAUUCAGUGAUGGUUGCCAUUUCCAUGUGGAAAAUUCCAAGGCAUACAUAAACAAGGAUAAGAUUGGAAGCCAAAAUUCUGAUUCAGUGUACCAGUCACCAGACCAAGGAAGAGGUUCUUCCCAAAAUUUUGCAUCGCAUAUCAAGGAAGAUAAAGCAGAAAUCCAUCCCAGUUGCCUGGAUAAACAAGAGUUGAAUGACGAGAUAGAAGGCAAUAUGAAGCUUAUUGGUCGUUACUCUCAUCCAAUGCGUAUUUCAUCAGUAAUGUUGAUAAGAAAAUCACAUGAGAUCUACAUUUGUGUUUCAUGUGGUCUUCUGGAAGAAAGAAAAAGGGAUUUGUUUCUUUACAAGCUAUCAACUACAGAACCUAGUCUGUGGAGACCUUGUAUGAUAGGUUAUACUUCUAUGAGCCUGCCAUCCCUGAAAGAUGAAUUUUUCAGAGAAAUUGCAGUUGAUAAAUCUGGAUUGCAGUUUAUACCAGAUGGCAGAGGCCUGGUUUUAGCAGAUUCCAUCAGGAUGCCUUAUUGCAGGGAGAAGAAUCUUCAUUGUUUGUGUCCAAAGUGUGAAUCUUGCUGCUUCGAGGAGAAUGCUGUAAAGAUUGUACAAAUCAAACUUGGCUACAUCUCCCUUGUGGUGAAGCUAAAAACAAUUUUCCCUGUUCAUUAUGUAUUAGUCUGUGAACCUGAUCACCUGAUUGCUGUGGAUGAGAGUGGAAGAAUCUACGUGUGGAUUAUGAAUUCAAACUGGAGUGUACAAACAGAGGAGUAUGUUAUACCAAGCAACGACCUUCUUCCAUCUCGCAUUGUAGAGUUGAAGAAAAUUCCUAAAUCAGCUUCUAUGGUGGUUGGGCAUAAUGGUUAUGGAGAAUUUAGUCUGUGGGACAUAAUCAAUCGCACUCUUGUAUCGCGUUUUUCUGCUCCAGCAAGUUCAGUUUUUGAUUUUCUACCUGUAAGUUUGUUUAAGUGGUCAAGUAAGGGCCUGUCUCAUGACAAAGUUAUCAUGGAGGAAUGUGUGAGGAAACUUGAGGAAGCAACUAUGUCGUGGUUUUCAAGGCACAGUGGAAUAAGUAUCCCAUGCCCAAUGGAUGGGGAGGAUAUUGCUGUCUGGCUUCUUAUAUUCACUUCAUCAGAGUCUCAUGCCGAAUCAGCUUUCCACUCAAGAAAUUACCAUUUGAAUUCAGAUGGGUGUUGGAGGCUUGGUUUAUUGAUUAAAGAUCUGGUGAUAUUGGGAGCCGCUCUAGAUUCAAGCACUACUGCAAUUGAUACAUCAUCUGGCACUGGGAUCAUUGGAACCCAUGGAGGACAAGUGUAUGUUUGGGAGUUGGCCACAGGAAGCAAACUGGAAACCUUGCAUGACCUUGAAGGCAAUGGAGUCUUGCAUAUUGCUACUGAUGACUCAACCUCAUCUGCUGUGGCCAUAGCCGGGGAAGGUGGUCAGCUGUGUAUUUAUCUCCGCACUUGAAAUCUUGUCAAGAGUAAUGACAUCUUGUCUGUGCUACAUCAGCAUCCCACGUGCUACAAAUGUAUUGUAUUUGUAACGUGAUUAUGACAACUGGUUCUUCUAUCCCGACUGAUGGUGGAUAAUAACACUCCUGUACGUGCAUCUGUGAUGGCUGUCCAUAGUGGAAGGUUUACUAAUUAUGGCUGCUCGCUGCUCAACUGCUAAAACAGAAACUGCAUCGAUUUCAAACACUUAUGAAUUUUGUGCAGCUUAAGGAAGAUUGGAACAGAGACUGCUUUUGACUGUAUGAGUAGCCAACUAAAUUUGGUAAUCUGAAGUAAAUGACAGGAAUUGGCUUUUUGCCCAGUGUAUGGAUGGAGGGAGAGCACUUAUACGGAGUACAUUUUGGAUGGGCUUAUAAGCUGAUAAUGGACAUGGUUUCCUGUGCAUUAGAAGCAGAAACAUCUCAUAAUGUAAAUUCUUUCUUUGUAAACGUGGCGGUUAGUUUUGGUAUAUGAUUGUUGGAAAAGUAGAGAAGAUCUGUGUAGUUUCUCGCAGUAAACGCGAAUUACUCCGUUCUUACUUUAGUCUUUGAUUCAAUAAUAGAUAAAUACUUCGUAUUAAA